AUGUCUCAGCAAUCGGAUCCCGGCACAGAACACAAGGAGCAUCGAAGUUACGAGGCAGUCAAAGCUCUCAGUGAGGAUGCCUAUAUUGUUCGUCGUGUUUCGGAUGGCGAACAAUUCAUCGGCCACGCAUGGGACCUAGAAGGGGACUUCGCGGCUGAUGAUCUGAACGAUCACCUCAAGCGAGGUGCUGAAACCCCGGUCUGGGCCCUGCUCAAUCACGAGAAUCUGAUGUCAAUCGUGGGAAGUACUGAAAAUGUGGUAUUCAUGGGCUCUGGCAACCAUCUCAAGCGACUCUUACUCUGGGACUUUGCCGAUGCUGGCACGCUAAAGGCGAUAUUUGAGGAUCCACCCCUGUAUCCGACAGAGACGGGAUUUUUGCCUGAGAGUCUGUGUUGGCAUGUUGUGAUCAGCGUCCUUAGAGCUCUGGCAUGGUUGCACGAAGGCUAUCGCGAGGAGUACCACAUCGCGCCUCGCGAUGGAGACACUGUGUGCGAGAAGAAGACGUGGGUCAUUGACUCGGACUGGAUGCCCAUCCUGCACCGCAACAUCACACCUGCAAACAUUUUUUUCCAGCAUCCGAAGGGCUCCGAGACGUACGGCUUUUGCAAACUCGGCAACUUUGGCAAGGCUUUCGUCUCAGGUCAUGUCAAUAAUAAGUCUGGCGGACCUGUGGUGACGGUCAGGUCGGGCGAUGUGCCCAUGGCGGACCUGCGCAAUACGAUUGCAGUAGAGGAUAUCUACACAAUCCCGAAGGGCAAGCGGCCCUAUACCAAGGGUACGGAGCUUCACAAGCUCGGUGCUAUUCUCCAUCGUAUGAUGACCGGAUCAGCUGCACCGCCCGAAGAGGAAUGCAGCGGCUGCGGGUGUCGACACAAUGACCCGUCAGCUCCGACUUGCUCUCACGCCGACUGUCACGGAGAUGUCAAUUGGAUGUCCUUGGAGGCACGUCUGAAAGACUACACUGCUGGGCUCAAGGAAAUCCUGUUCAUGCUUCUUUCUGCAUACCGGGGCAGUGGUAAUCCCGUGAAUGCCAUUGCAUGCCUCGACGUUGCGAAUCAAGCAUUCCUCUGGUGGAAGUCUGGGACUCCUGACGGUCACUUAUUUGUAGAAUGGGAAGAUGACCAGGACAAGAGAUGGAAGAACCUCUUGCACAAGCACGAGAAGGUAACGACGGUAGGAGGGGCUGUUGCGGCCGGUUGA